AUGGUAACUCUGAGGGCGUGGCUUCUGUGCCUGCUGCUGUUAGCCUUGGUCCUCCCAGGAGCUUCCAGCCGAGCCCACCAGCACUCCAUGGAGACACGAACCCCUGACAUCAAUCCAGCCUGGUACACAGGCCGUGGGAUCAGGCCUGUGGGCCGCUUCGGCAGGAGGAGGGUAGCCCUGAGGGACGUGACCGUACCCGGCCUGCGGUGCCGGCUAAGCUGCCUCCCGCUGGAUGGAGGUGCCAAGUUCUCUCAGCACUGA